AUGUUAAGAAUGUGGAAGACAGAGGACUCUGUUGAGGAAUGGGAGAUGAAAGUGAAAUUAUUUGGUUGUGGAAGGGUUGAAAAGUUGAAAACUUCUGUGGUUUCAAGGUCUCCAAUGAAGCUAUGGAUGAUAAGGGCAAUCACAACUGUAUUGUUAUGGACUUGUGUGGUUCAUUUGAUGGCAUUGGGAGAGAUUUGGGGGCCAAGAUUGUUAAAAAGUUGGCCUUCUUGUUUUAGUCAUCAAGAGGUUGAGUUAACUUCUGUUCCUGCCAAAGUUAUUCUUCCUCCAAAGAGAAUUUAUAAGAAUAAUGGGUAUCUUAUGGUUUCUUGCAACGGAGGACUGAACCAAAUGCGAGCAGCAAUAUGUGAUAUGGUCGCUAUUGCAAGACAUCUAAAUGUUACUCUUAUUGUCCCAGAGUUGGACAAAACCUCAUUUUGGAAUGACCCAAGUGAGUUUCAAGACAUAUUUGAUGUUCAUCAUUUCAUCACUUCCUUGAGGGGCGAGGUUCGUAUAUUGAAAGAGCUUCCACCUAGGCUCAAAACACGAGUAGAUUUGGGAUUGUUCUACUCAUUACCUCCUGUUAGCUGGUCAAACAUUUCUUACUACACCCAUCAGAUUCUUCCUCUGCUGCAAAAGUUCAAAGUUGUGCAUUUGAACAAAACAGAUGCUCGUCUUGCUAACAAUGGACUUCCUCUUGAGAUCCAAAAGUUGCGCUGCCGUGUAAAUUUUAAUGCUUUGAAGUUUACGCCACAGAUAGAAGAACUGGGUAGAAGGGUUGUUAGGAUAUUGAGGGAGAAAGGCCCUUUCCUGGUGCUUCAUCUCAGAUAUGAAAUGGACAUGUUGGCUUUCUCCGGCUGCACUCAUGGUUGCAAUGAUGAGGAAGUUGAACAACUCACAAGAAUGAGAUUUUCUUAUCCCUGGUGGAAGGAAAAAGUUAUUAAUUCUGAAAUGAAAAGGAGAGAAGGUUUGUGUCCGUUGACUCCCGAGGAAACUGCCCUAGUGUUAAGUGCACUUGGAAUUGAUCGUAAUGUUCAAAUUUAUAUUGCUGCCGGAGAAAUAUAUGGCGGAGAAAGAAGGAUGAAGACUUUGGCAGCAGCUUUUCCUAAUUUGGUCAGGAAAGAGACUCUUUUGGAACCAUCAGACUUGAAGUUUUUCCAGAACCAUUCAUCUCAAAUGGCAGCAUUAGAUUAUCUGGUGUCCCUGGAGAGUGACAUAUUUGUUCCUACAUAUGAUGGCAAUAUGGCUAAAGUUGUUGAAGGUCAUCGCAGAUUCUUAGGGUUCAAGAAGACUAUUUCGUUGGACAGAAAGCUUCUGAUCGGUUUAAUAGAUCAAUACCAUAAAGGGUCAUUGAGCUGGGAUGAAUUCUCUUCUACUGUGAAGGAAGCUCAUGCUGAUCGGAUGGGUAAUCCAAAGACACGAGUUGUUGUAUCAGAUAAACCGAAGGAAGAAGAUUAUUUCUAUGCCAAUCCGCAAGAGUGUUUGCAACUGUUAGAUGAACCAUUGAGAAGUACAUGA